CUCGGAGCUAUAAAUACAGGACGCAGCAACAUCUGCACUCACAGCGAGGCGUGGUCAGUCAGAGAACAGGUGGACCAGCUGCAGGAUACUUUUAUCUUCUCCACGUUAACGACACAAAACAAGAUGCCAAAGUGCCCAAGGUGCCAGAAGGAGGUUUACUUCGCUGAGAGGGUGACAUCACUGGGAAAGGACUGGCACAGGCCAUGUCUGAAAUGCGAGAAGUGCGGAAAGACGCUGUCAUCUGGCUCACAUGCAGAGCAUGAAGGAAAGCCAUACUGUCACAAGCCCUGCUACGGUGCAAUGUUUGGACCUCAUGGAUUCGGACGUGGCGGAACUGAAAGUCACACAUAUUAAUAGAAAGGUUCAGGGGCCCUGAAGUAAAAACUGUUCCCUGGAAACUAGAUGGAAGCUUGUUCAGAAGUCACAAUAAAAACCAACUGUGCUCUCAUCCAGAGGAAACACUUUGUGCACCUGUGCUUUUAUUUUAUGGACUUGAAGAGUUCAUUUGCAAAAACAGAUAACUCCGUUUUGAUACAUUUUCAGAAAUUUUUUUUUAUUAUUGUUUACUUGAGAUAAUAUCGAUCAAACUGAAGUUGAGUGGAUUUGAAUCAGUAGAAAAAUACAUGACAAAAUAGAGAAAAAAUAAAUUAUUAGCAUUAUUAUUAUUAUUAUCUCAAGUAAACAAUAAAAAAAUGAGUUUUCUGAAAAUGGAGUUACCUGUUUUUGCAAAUGAACUCUUCACUUGUGUUUUUUCUGAUUUUGUAUUCCCACUAUGAAGUGGUUGUCCUCAAAUCUCAUCAUGAUAUUAAUGUGGACAGUCUGAUUAAAUGCUUUGUAUGACGA